GGCCGUCCCCACCGGGGGUGCUUCGGCCACGCGCGGGAAGCCGACCUUCCUUCCAGGAAGCAAACAAAGACAAAAAAUAAAAUAAAAAAGGAAAAAGGGAGGAAAAAAAUAAUAAAAACGAAAAACCGGAGGGAGCGGAGAGAGGCUGGCGGAGAGGAGGCGUCCGCGGCCCCCGAGCUCAGGUCGCCGGCGCAGGGCCGCUGCGCACGCGCAAGCCAGGCUCCAGACCCCCGGCGCGGCCCGCAAGGCAAGGCCCUCAGGGACAAUGGCCCAAGUAGCAGAGACUACUCAGCCCACUGAUGAGCCCUCAGACGGCAGGAUGGUGGUGACGUUCCUCGUGUCUGCCCUGGAGUCCAUGUGUAAAGAGCUGGCCAAGUCCAAGGCCGAGGUGGCCUGCAUCGCUGUGUAUGAGACAGAUGUGUACGUGGUGGGGACGGAGCGGGGCUGUGCCUUUGUCAACGCCAGACAGGAUCUCCAGAAAGACUUUGCACAGCACUGCCAGGGGGAAGGGCUGCCUGAAGAGAAGCCACUGUGUCUGGGAAAUGGGGAAGCCUGUCCUGGAGAAGCCCAGCUGCUCAGGAGAGCCGUGCAGGACCAUUUCUGCCUCUGUUACCGUAAAGCCUUGGGGACAACAGCCAUGGUCCCUGUUCCCUACGAGCAGAUGCUACAGGAUGAGGCAGCUGUGGUGGUUCAGGGCCUUCCGGAAGGCCUGGCCUUCCAGCACCCAGACAGUUACAGUCUUGCCACCCUGAAGUGGAUUCUGGAGAACAAAGCAAGGAUCUCCUUCGUUGUAAAGAGACCUUUCCUAGGUGCAGAGAGCCAGCUGGGUGGCCUUGGGAUGGUGACAGAUGCUGGGAGGCCGACCGUACCACCAAAUGACAGCUAUGGCCCUGUCAGUGUGAAAACUGAACCCAUGGAAGAUUCUGGCACUUCACCAAGGGCAGCAGCCAUGCUAAUCAAGACGGAGUCGGAAGAUCCUGAUUACAACUCCUGUAAUGUGCAAGAGUCGACUCCGAUGGUCUCUUUAGAGACCAAUGAGGACCCCGAGACUGAGGUAAAAAUGGAAGGAAAUGCAAAUCCAUCCAACCUUGUAAACUCUGCAGCAGGUGUUGAAGACCUUAGGAUCGUACAGGUGACAGUCGCAGGUGGGGACAUCCACUUAAUGUCAUCAUUAAAAAAAAAAAAGAAAACUAAGGCACAGAGGCAUCCAGUUUACCCCGCACCUCUCAUCACAGGGGAGGCGAUCGGAGUGGACUUCCCCGUGAAGGUUCCCUACAGGAAAAUCACUUUCAACCCUGGCUGUGUGGUGAUUGACGGCAUGCCUCCCGGGGUGGUGUUCAAAGCCCCCGGGUAUCUGGAGAUCAGCUCCAUGAGGAGGAUCCUGGAUGCUGCAGACUUCAUCAAGUUCACGGUCAUUAGACCACUUCCUGGACUUGAACUCAGUCAUGUGGGGAAACGGAAGAUAGACCAGGAGGGCCGCGUGUUUCAAGAAAAGUGGGAGCGAGCCUAUUUCUUCAUGGAGGUGCAGAACAUCCCCACGUGUUUGAUCUGCAAGCAGAGCGUGUCGGUGUCCAAGGAGUACAACCUGCGCCGCCACUACCAGACCAACCACAGCCGGCACUAUGACCAGUACUUGGGUCAGGCCCGGGAAGAGAAGCUUCGAGAGCUGAAAAGGGGACUGCGGAAGUAUCUCCUGGGGGCCUCGGAGAUCGUGUGUCCAGAGCAACCAUUCCCGAAUGCAAGUCCCCCCACAAACUCCGCGGUGCAGCCGAUGGAAGAGGUGGCCGGGAGCUUAUGGGAGAAGUUAAGACAGAAAAUCCGCUCCUUUGUGGCGUACUCCAUCGCCAUCGAUGAGAUUACGGACAUCAAUGAUACCACCCAGCUGGCCAUCUUCAUCCGCGGCGUCGACGACAACUUCGACGUGUCCGAGGAACUUUUGGACACUGUGCCCACGACAGGCGCCAAAUCCGGGAAUGAGAUAUUCCUGCGCGUUGAGAAGAGUCUCAAGAAGUUCAGUAUCGAUUGGUCCAAACUGGUGAGCGUGGCCUCCACGGGCACGCCAGCCAUGGUGGAUGCCAAUAGUGGGCUGGUGACAAAGCUCAGAGCCAGGGCGGCCUCAUGUUGCAAGGGAGCCGACCUCAAAUCUGUGCGCUGUAUCAUUCACCCGGAGUGGCUGUGCGCCCAGAAGUUAAGAAUGGGCCACGUCAUGGACGUGGUGGUAGACUCGGUCAACUGGAUCUGCUCCCGUGGCCUGAACCACAGCGACUUCACGACACUGCUCUAUGAGCUGGACAGUCAGUAUGGCAGCCUACUGUACCACACGGCCCUCAAAUGGCUGGGCCGAGGGCUGGUCCUCAGGAGGUUCUUCGAAUCCUUGGAGGAAAUAGACUCGUUCAUGUCUUCCCGGGGCAAACCUGUGCCCCAGCUCAGUUCUCGGGACUGGAUCCUGGACCUGGCCUUCCUAGUGGACAUGACGACGCACCUCAAUACACUGGAUGCCUCCCUCCAAGGCCAUUCACAGAUCGUGACCCAGAUGUAUGACUUCAUCCGGGCCUUCCUGGCAAAACUGUGCCUCUGGGAGACGCAUCUGGCCAGGAACAACCUGGCCCACUUCCCCACACUGAAAUCGGUUUCCCGGAGUGAGAGCGACGGGCUCAACUACAUCCCUAAGAUCGUGGAGCUGAAGGCCGAGUUCCAGAGGCGCCUGUCGGAUUUCAAGUCCUGUGAGAGCGAGCUCACCCUGUUCAGCUCCCCGUUCUCCACCACGAUCGACAGCGUGCGCGAGGAGCUCCAGAUGGAGGUGAUCGACCUGCAGUGCAACACGGUGCUGAGGACCAAGUACGACAAGGUGGGCAUCCCGGACUUCUACAAGCACCUGUGGAGCAGUUACCCCAGAUACAGGAGCCACUGUGCCAGGAUGCUGUCCAUGUUCAGCAGCACCCACAUCUGCGAGCAGCUCUUCUCCAUCCUGAAGCUGAGCAAGAAAGAGGCGCAGUGGGGCGCAGCGCUCCAGGUGGCCACGUGACGGAGCAGAGGGCGGAGCCUUCAAUUCCACUACUGCGGAGGCCAAGGCAGGAGGAUCUGAGUUUGAGUUUGAGGUCCGGCAGGGCUACCUAUCAAGACCCCAUUUCAAUAAAGAGAAGUUGCUGGAAGAGGAAAGGAAGGAAAUCCGGCCAUUCCUCUAUGUGGAGACCUAGAAUGUUCCAGACCUAAUAGCCUGUGAGACGAGAAUAGACCAUUAAACCUCUCCGUUUAAUGAAAAGAACGGUCCCUCUCCCCCCACUUUGAGUUGGGAUCCCAAUUUACACAUCACAGCUGUUCAGAUGACCUGUGACACCUGUCUGUAUCUGUAGUUUGGUAAAGCCCAUAACAGUUGUAGGUCCAGUGGCUGGCUCCUCUUGGCUUCACUGACCCAUGCCACUCAUCCACGCUGUCCCGUUUCAAAUAAACGC